AUGUAUAACUCAAAACGUAUUUUGAACCUUUUGUUCGCUGUUUCCAUUGCUGUUCAUCUGGCUGCCGGUUAUGCCAUUGAGAACAAGAGAGAGGAACCCUCGUAUCAUGGGCCUGCCAAACCGCCUCAUGUGCGAUAUGAACGUCCUGCGGAGCGUCAUGCAGACAUGCCUCACAAAGAAGAAGGCCCCAAGAAAGAAAGCUCAUUGGUUAUCACUUUAUCAAAGAAGCCACACAAGCAUCCUGAGGGACCGGUUGAUUCGAAGUCUCCCAAGGGACGCGAGCCAUCUUACGCCCCAAAACCUGGUCACGAGGAAGGAAAACCCCACCCCGUUCCUUCUAAGCCCGCUCCGCAUGCAUUAUGGGCUGAAGAGCCCACUGGCGAUAAGCCAAAAGCACCAGACACUCCACUCCCUGAAGUCCCCUUGAAGGACCCCGUCCCCAAGCCCAAAGGGCCACCACCCCCACCACCUCGCAAACCCAGCACUGAUCCCUUGAAAGACCCCAUCCCACCUCGUUAUCCUGCCGACAAGCCCAAAGGACCGGAGAAACCCAAACCUCUCCCCAAACCCUUAACCGAUCCCGUCCCACCCAAAUAUGUCUCCCCCAAACCACUCGAGCCACCUACUUCUGAGGCUCCCAAAGACGUACCUGCCCCCGCUCCCGAAACCCCUGCCGGCGAUGUCAAACCCACCCCUAGCGAAUCCACUACCGAACCAAAAUAUGCCGCUCCCAAGGAAACCAAAAUCUUGCCUGCCAUGCCACCCAAACCUCCGGCUCCACAACCCAAGCCAGUCCUCCCUGUCCCAGACAAGAAACCAGCCCCGCCAGUUGAAAUCCCCGGCUAUAAAUCCCCCAUGAUCCCAGUCCCAGUCCCGGAAAAGCCAAUCAAGCCUGUUCCUACUACCCCAACCAAGAACCCAAUCACCUCCCCUGUCGAAUCCAGCCCCAAGCCAGAAAUGCCAUCAUAUGGCACCGAGCCUUCUAUGGUACCUGUUGGUGAGGGUAGAAUGUAA